UGUUGUGUGUGUGUGUAAUUUGUGAAAAUGUCGGAGCAACGCUGGAGGGAGGACCCGGGUGUUUGGUGGCCCGCUCCCGACCAGAACAACAGAGCCCCGGACUCGUUCCCGUACAAAAAUUUCCCACCCCCUAGUGCUGCCCCUUGCGUCAGGGGCUACCCUGACUACCGCGGGGUCCCCGGCAGGCCAGACGGCUCAGUGGCGCCCCCCGGCUGGUGGCCGUCUUACCCCGGAAUGGACGGUGGCAUGACCAAUUCGGCCGCAGUGCCGCAAAACUCUUCACAACAGCAGAGUCAGCUGCACCAGCUUCACCAGCAACACCAACAGAUUCAGCAGUUCCAGCAGCAUCAGUUCCAGCCCCAGCACCAACAGCAGCACCAGGCCGCAGCGCAGCAACUCCACUUACAACAACAGCAGCAUCAACAAAGAGGCAAAAUGCCGCGUGGAAAGGGACCUGAUGCCAAGCCCAGGGGGCGCAUGACUGCCUAUGCCUUCUUCGUGCAGACCUGCAGGGAGGAGCACAAGAAGAAGCACCCCGAGGAGUCCGUCGUCUUUGCCGAGUUCUCCAAGAAGUGCGCCGAAAGGUGGAAGACCAUGGUGGACAAGGAAAAGAAGCGUUUCCACGAGAUGGCCGAGAAGGACAAGAAGCGCUACGAGCUGGAAAUGAAGGACUACAAGCCGCCCAAGGGCGAGAAGGUCCGCGGAAAGAAGCGCAAGCACAUCAAGGACCCCAACGCACCCAAGCGCUCUCUGUCUGCCUUCUUCUGGUUCUGCAAUGAUGAGAGGCCCAAGGUGAAGGCCAUCAACCCCGAAUACGGUGUCGGCGACAUUGCCAAGGAGCUGGGCCGCAGGUGGUCUGAUUGCGACCCUGAGUGCAAGGGCAAGUACGAGGCCAUGGCCGAGAAGGACAAGGCUCGCUACGACAGGGAAAUGACCGCCUACAAGAAGAAGCCCAAGUUGCCCCCAGGAGUGCCUGCCAAGCCCGCCUCCGAAGACGAGGAUGACGACGGCGACGACGAUGAUGGAGAUGACGACGAAUAAACAGUAAUAACUUAAGAAUAAUAAUGCUGCUGAGAGACUGUGCUACAACCAUCGCCCCCCAGUGUACAUACAUUUAAAGAGUAAAUCAUGCAAACAAGUUUUCAAUUUUGGGUUUGUACUUAGCCAAUGAACGACGACUGUUGUAUCAAAAUUUUUCAUACAACUGGGAGGGUUUGACCUGAUGCACGCAAUGCAGUCGGUUUUCAUUUCGUUAGGCGCAUUGUCUUUCUCCUAGGUGUAAGUGUGUGUAUCUUUUUCUUUGGUACCUGCUUCAGUCUGCUGCUGGCUGGAGUCAAAUCCUCCUGGUGGCUUAACAAGUGCAAUUGGUGGUGAGGCCGGCCGCCAUAAGGACUCCUCUAUACAUAAUAUAUUUUGUUCUCGUGUUCAUGUCUAUACACAUUCCUCACGUGAAGGAUAGAACAAACAAGGAAGAAAAAUUCAAAAAAAGAAAACAAACGUUAAACACACGGAGAAGAAGAAGCAAGUAAAUUAAGAAUAAUCAUCAUUUUAAGGAGAAAAACAUUUUAAAAAUAAUUACACUACUCUGAUUGUAAAAUACUGUAGAAUAUUUUAAUACUUUGCAGACCACAAACUACUACUGAACGAGACAGAGGCGCGUCAUUUUAAGAAAGUGUAACCGCGCCUCACCCUCUUUUUUUAUUUACACAAAGAAAAAGUAAACUGAUGACCGAUGAUAUGCUCUGUAUUUAAGUUUCUAGAUGAAAAUCGACUUAGUAAAGUCAGUAUUUGUUUUGUAUCUCAUAGAAAAUAAACUAAAAAAAAUUUCCAAAA